AUGGCGUGUUUGGGGAUUCGUCACAGCGGAGUUGGAGAUUGCAUGAUCCGGAAGCGUGGUGGUGAUUAUACAGAUGAACGAUCGAAUCGUCUUUCCGGAUUCACACAUCUUUCAAUCCCCAAUCUCGCCGUUAAACAUCCUAAUCAUAGAGUCUCUACGGCGGUUUACGCUACGUUAGCGUGUGAUUCCGGUCAUCGGUCGACUUUGUCUUUAUUUGAUGACGGGUUAGAUUUACGAACAGAACCAUUUGGUGGUGGUGAUGAUAAUGAGGAUCACGAUCGUACAUGUAUUGAAAGCCCUAGGGUUUCGGAGAAGCUCGAUGAAUGGAUGCGGAUUUCGGUAACGGAAAUCGUUAAGAACAUAAAACAAGCGCCGUUGCUGGUUCAGAUCUAUGCCGAUGGCGAGGUGGAGAUGAAGAAAUCGCCGGCGGCGAAGGACUGGCGGAAUGUGGUUAAACACAGAUCGUCGUCACUUGAGGGGGUUAUACUGGUGGAGGAGCUCAAUGAGAACACUGAUCCGGUGGAUUCCGAGUUUAAGUUCGAGGAAGAAGACGGAACCAAGGCUUUUGGAGUGCUGAUUCAAGGAAAGAUCAAAGGUGUAGAUCAAUUGUCUGCGGAGGACUAA